AUGAGAAUUUAUCAAUGUCAUUUUUGUUCUUCUCCUGUUUAUCCAGGUCAUGGUAUCAUGUUUGUACGUAAUGAUGCUAAAGAGUUUAGAUUUUGUCGUUCUAAAUGCCACAAGGCUUUUAAACAAAGACGUAAUCCUCGUAAAUUAAAAUGGACAAAGGCAUUCCGUAAAGCUGCAGGCAAAGAAUUGGCUGUUGAUAGUACUUUGACAUUUGCUCAAAGAAGAAAUGUUCCAGUAAGAUACAAUAGAGAAUUAGUUGCUACUACAUUAAAGGCCAUGAGUAGAAUUGAGGAAAUUAGACAAAAGAGGGAAAGGGCCUUUUAUAAGAAUAGAAUGAGAGGCAAUAAAGAAAGAGAUUUCUUGAGAGAUAAAGAAUUAAUUGAAAGAAAUGCUGAAUUAUUAAAUAUGAGAGAAGUUGAGUUGACUAAGCAAGCUGAAAAGGAAGCUAAAAUGGAACUAGAGGACGAACAAAGUGAGGACGAAGAAAUGGAUAUUGAUGAAAGCGAGGAAGAGGAAGCUGAACCAGAACGUGUCAAGAUUAUGUUGAAGAAUAAAAAAAGAUCCAAGAAGAUUGCAUUUUGA